AUGGACCUGCCCACGUUGCCAGAGUCUCCAGACGGAGAAAAUGAGUCUGCAGUGCCAGUCGUCCGGUUCAUCAGCGGGCAGCAACUAUUCCGAGCUAUUGACUCUAUUGAAUUCAGAUCCCAUGAAAUGAACUCUAGAGGAGAAGUAGAUGCACUGCUUGUAACGAACGUGUCUCCUGAUAACUUUGGUAUGUUAGAACGGAAACGAGAAGCUCGUGGACGCAAGUUCCGCUUCAACUGGUACGACGAAGAUUCUCAGCGGCUUCUAGUAUGUCUGAACACGGGAGCCCACGUGCAGCUUCAUAUGUGGAUAUACAUGGAGAUCAUAUACAAUCUGUUCGUAAUGGGCCUUCGUGACGCAUGGAAAAACACGGGAGCCACGAGUUUCUACCACGGCGGCCUCUCCUCUGGUGAAGAGCUUGGAAAUACCAGCGUCGGCCACGGUGAUAAAGGCGGAGGGAGCAGCGGAGAGCCAGAUUCGUCGGGAGGACCGCGGCCAGAACGGCGUGGACGCGGUGCAUUUCCUACUCUUGUAGUUGAAGCAGGGUGUACUCGAUCUUUGGCGAUUAUGCAGGCCAAGGCGAAGUGGUGGUUUAAAAUCUCCAACCACGAUGUAAAGAUUGUGCUGUUGGCAAAGUUUUAUUCAGGACGACAGAUGGCAGUUAUUGAAAAGUGGGAAGAAAGACCACGGGGGAUUCGUGAAGGGGCGGCAACAACUCGAUGGGGGUCUGAAGGAGUGCCGUCCUGUCAGCAGGUGGUUACGAUUACGAAGACUAGCGACGAACCGAUAGUGUAUCAGAUAUCUGGUGACUUGGUGCUGAGUUUUCGGCUGUUGUUUUUAAGGGAUCCGGGCGAGGGAGAGAGGGAUGUGGUGAUUUCCGCCGACCGCUUGCAAGACUAUGCGGAGAUGGUUUGGGAAGAGGCUCUUUAG